AUAUAUAACAAAGUCAAUAGCCACUUUACUCUUCUCAUACUUUUCUCUGAGAAUUGAUGAGAUAGAAGCAAUCGAUGGAGUUGGGAAAUAGAUGGUCUCUUCGAGGAGAAACAGCCUUGGUCACUGGUGGAUCCAAAGGGAUAGGGUGUGCUAUUGUGGAAGAACUGGCAAGAUUUGGAGCAGCAGUUCAUACGUGUGCCAGGAAUGAAGCAGAGCUGAAAGAGAGUUUGCAGAAAUGGAGAGAUCCGAAGCUUCAGGUGACUGGUUCGGUCUGUGACGUCUCGUCCUCGGAAGAGAGGGAGAAGCUGAUAAAGGAAGUCAGCGCCAUCUUCAACGGCAAACUCAAUAUCCUGGUUAAUAAUGUAGCGUUUGGUUACAUUAAACCAGUUUUAGAGGUGACUCAAGAGGACUACAAGCACACCAUGAACACCAACUUGGAAGCUGGUUUCCAUUUGAGUCAACUCGCUCAUCCUCUUCUCAAGGCAUCCGGACGGGGCAAUAUCGUCUUUAUCUCCUCAAUUGCUGGUCUCGAAGGAUACUCUUCUAUAUCCAUCUAUGGAUCAUCUAAAGGAGCCAUGAAUCAACUUACUAGAUGCCUCGCUUGCGAAUGGGCUAAGGACAAUAUUCGUAUCAAUUGUGUUGCUCCCGGUAUCAUCAAUACGCCGAUGGCUCAGUGGUUCACGGAGAACGAAGAACUGGUAGCGAAGUGGUGUCAUCGUGCUCCGCUUGGGCGUGUGGGAGAGCCUGAGGAAGUGGCAGCUUCGGUUGUUUUUCUUUGCCUUCCUUCUUCCUCUUUUAUCACCGGUCAAGUGAUUGCCGUCGAUGGAGAUGUUGAACGCAUUGGUCAUAUUGGGGGACACUCAAGUUGGCUAGUUUGGAUCUAGACUUGACCUUCGCUGAUGCACUGUUGAAUUUGGUGGAUCAAGUGAGUGCUACUAACCCAAGAGUUGUUGAACCCGAGUAAACCAAGUUUUGAACCGGUUCAAGUGGAGUUCAAAUUCCCAAUCUCGACACAGUGAACAGUGGCUUGCGCUAUUGUUCACCGUGCCGUCUUCGCCAUCUCCAACGAGCAGAACGCAAGCACCUUCCACAACCAGACCUUCGUUCAAGAUCUGUCAUCACCGGCGGCAUUCCGAGUUUCCGGCGACCAUCGUCCGAGUUUCAGAUCACGGCAGAGGGAGGUUUCUCUGCCACGAUCCUUGCAAUCCGCAAUCCACAGGUGAACUCAGAUCGGGGGAGUUUUCCCGACUUGAGGGGUUCUAUCAGGAAAUAGGAGUUUCGGAGGAGUUUUUCUGGAGUUCCUGCUUCCAAUCCAUUUCCCGAUUCAUUUGCGACUUCGUAAUCAAUCCGAUCAAUCGAUUGGCGAUCACGAUUCAUUCCACUUCCCCUGUUCUUCAGGCGAUGAGCACUUAAUGAGAUUGCGAGCUUGUAGGGAGGUUUCUGCGAGCUUCGCAUUUCUUUAUUACCAACCGAGAACCUAAAUCACUCCGACGAUUGCUCAAGGGAGUUUUGGAGAGCUUCUCUGCAAUUGGCAGAGAGACAAUGCUUAUGGCAGAGAGACCGUUCUUAAGCAUUGAUUUGAGUUUGUGGAUGUUUCUUUAUCUAGAUUUUAGAUUCAAUUGUUAGAUCUAUGCUUUAAUUUGUUUUCCUUUUCGAUGCACACAAAUCCAAACUCGAAUUCUGCAUUUUAGUUUAGGAAGAACUGCAAAUUUAGCUCUGUUGAUUUCC